AGGAAGUGGUUAUUGAAAACCGAAGAAAAAGCUAAGCGAUAAACAGGCUGAAACUGCAAACUGCGUUGGUGACUGGUAAAACUGAGAAUUCGUGAUGGGUAAUAGCAUUAACUUUUCGACUGACAGUUUGUAGGUUCUUAAGACAUAGCUAAACACGAUUAGCUACUUUUGGAGGCGAGAAGAAAGACAUGCAAUUCCGUGGGAGCGCUUUUUUUCGUCUUCGCCUCUCCUUGCUCUUCCUCAUUUACCGACUGCGUGAGGACGGACUCAAAACAAGAAACUACUGUAUCGGCAACUGUCAAUAACUGCAGCUAGCAAGCUAGCUAUAACCUGAACACGUGUUAAUUUAGAAUGGCGGAUAGCGUAGGAGAGGUUGCUAAUGGUGAAAUUGGGUUAGGUGUUGGUAGUCAGGGAAAUGGAGCUCCGCUGUUACCGAGUUUGGGUAAUUCUCUGCCGGGCCACUCGACGAGUGGCGCUAAACCGGCCUCACCACCCCCAGCAGCGGCUGCGGAGACUGGCCUAGCCGUCAUGGCCCCUGGAGCCACAACUACCUCAACCGUGGGGACUGGGAGCGGGUUUGGAGGUGCAGGUGUUCUUAGCGCGGUAGUGGGCUCUGCCAUUCCAAUACCCCCUUACUCGGCCACCAAUGCUCUGCCGGGCGGUAUCGGUUUGGGGGUGGCCGGAGCGGGCCUCUUGUCCCAGAUUCACGCAACGUCCUGGGACCCAACACUAAGUACCGACUGGGACAACGAGAAGACGUCCCAGCAAUGCAUUCUCCGAAUCAAAAGGGAUAUAAUGUCCAUCUAUAAGGAGCCUCCCCCGGGUAUGUUUGUAGUUCCUGACCCUCACGACAUGACUAAGAUCCAUGCCCUCAUCACAGGACCCUUCGACACACCCUACGAGGGAGGCUUCUUCCUCUUUCUAUUCCGCUGCCCCCCGGACUACCCCAUCCACCCCCCACGGGUCAAGCUCAUCACUACCGGCCAAAACACUGUGCGCUUCAACCCCAACUUUUACCGUAACGGCAAAGUAUGCCUCAGCAUCCUCGGGACUUGGACAGGGCCAGCGUGGAGCCCAGCCCAGAGCAUCUCCUCAGUUCUCAUCUCCAUCCAGUCUCUGAUGACUGAGAACCCCUACCACAAUGAGCCAGGCUUUGAACAGGAGAGACACCCGGGGGACAGCAAGAACUACAACGAGUGCAUCCGCCAUGAGACCAUGCGCGUGGCUGUAUGUGACAUGCUGGAUGGGAAGGUGCCCUGUCCAGAAGCCCUGUGGAGUGUGAUGGAGAAAUCAUUCCUGGAGUACUAUGACUUCUACGAGGGGGUUUGCAAAGAGAGACUACACCAACAGGGACAGAACAUGCAGGACCCUUUUGGGGAGAAGAGGGGUCGCUUCGAUUACCAGGGCCUACUGGCACGCCUGAGUGCCACCCAGAGGCGCAUACGGGAGAAGUGCCCACCGGAGGACAACGAUGACCACUCGGACUCGGACACCAGCUCCUCAGGCACAGACCCAGAUAGCCAGGGCAGCUCCCAGCCUUAGCCACCAGAUGGCGCCACACAACCUAUUUUUCUGUUUCUCCCUUUCUGUUUUUGCAGGAUGUUUUUGGCAACAAGUUAGAUGUUGGAGGGGGGGAAAGGCUUGAUAUCAGGAAGCACUUAUGAUACAAAGGCAGGGGAUAGCUAAUGUCUGUUUUUGAUUGGUUCUUUUUCCUUCCCCUGCAAAUGACUGCCUUUUGAUUACUUUUUGUUGUUGUUUGUUUUUCAACUGUUGUAAGUAAACAAUGCUAGUGUUGGGGGAAGUUUGGCUUGUAGAAAUGGACACUAGUUGUUUUGAAAGCAAUUUUUCAUACACUCUGCCUUUUUGUUGUCUUUAUUUUCCCGCGGCUGAUUGGAUGAGGAAGUAGAGGUGAAAUCUGAGAUUGCCCAUUCUCAAUAUUCAGUCAGUACAACCACGUCGAUCGUCUUAAUCAGAUCACCAACUUCUAUUCUUUCAUACAUCGGUACAUACACCUCAGACUAUCCACUUCUAAAGUCCCAUUGUCUCUUAUGAUCUUUCUUUAAUCUGAACAGUACUUAAUACAAUUAUGAAGCGAGUCAUAAUUACAUUAUGAAUUCAUAAUGAAUUGCAUUUGUUUAAAAAAAAAAACUCCAUUAAUGCCUAGUACAAAAUAUGUACAGUUGUGGCCAAAUAUAUUGGCACCUUUGCACGUUACAGUGGAACAGAUUGUACUAGUGGUUAGAGCUUUGAGGCCAGUAACUGAAAGGUUGCUGGAUCGAAUACCCGAGCUGACAAGGUAAAAAUCUGUCGUUCUGCCCCUGAGCAAGGCUGUUCACCGGGCGCCGAAGACGUGGAUGUUGAUUAAGGCAGCCCCCCACACCUCUCUGAUUCAGAGGGUUAAAUGCGGAAGACACAUUUCAGUUGUACAACUGACUAGGUAUCCCCCUUUCCCUUUAAUAUUUCUUAUUUUCAAACUGGUUGGGUGGCUAUUUGUACCCUGUAGUCACUUGCAAUGUAUGACAAGUGAGGAAAAAUUACACAUCACUUGCCUCCAACCAAAUUUAUUAGAAUUUCCAAUAAUGUAGCCCAGGCCAUAUUUUGACUAUAAAGUCGAAAUUUCAGUUUUGAUAAGAACAUGGUCCUGUGCAGAUGUAAAUCAAACAAAAAUAGGUGUGAACAUAUUUGAUAAGAAAAUAGUGACUCAUUUAAGGGUGCCAAUAUAUUUGUGUGUGUGUGUGUAUAUAUAUAUGCGCACAGCGAGAGAUUUUAUUAUGGUCUGUGGGUAGUGUCUUCAAAGAAUUUUCUGUUGACUGAAUGCUAAAGCCUGCAUGGAAAGUUAUUUUCUUUCUGUGCAUGAAAACGAUACUUUGAAUCAAUGUUUGAUGUGUAUGAUUAUCAUUGAGCUAUAGUGUUGUGGGUUAAACUUUCAAGAGAUGGUUUUCUUCUCUGAUGCUAAAAUGCUGGUAGAGACUAAUAGGAAUGCCAAGAAAGCCAGAUUUGUCAUUUGACCUGUCCCAUUUUCCAUUGCAUUUUUCAUUGGAAGGCAGUGGACUGGUGCCUCUUCAGCUCCAUUUAGCAGUGUCGUCUGGUACCAAACAGGCACAGACCUGUGUUAGACCUCCGUGGUGUCACCUUUUCAGUCAUCUGAAGGCCACCGCCAGGAUUUCAAACGAGCCACAGGAAAUGUUUUAUGAUGGUAACAAAAAUACCUGACACCUGCUUCAAGGCCGUGUGAACUUUCUUUCAUUUCGAGUUUUCGCCUGCGAUGGGUUUCUGUAGAUUGGUUUGUAGAAUGAUCUUAUGUCGGUUUGGCCAUUUUAAGCGCUAAACGUUUGACAUUGGCUUACAUAUAUGGUGUCAGAAGUGUGUUCCACAGGUUGACACAGUCUAAGGUACAAGUUCUAUAUAAACCUAACCUGGCAGUAAGACUGACAACACAAACUGGACUUCAGGUGAUCAAGGAGGAUAAAACAUUUUUUACGAUAAACCGUAUGACCCAUUCUAACCAGUGGUCUUGUCUGCUGUAAGGGGUAGAUCUUAUUAUUUCAUAUUGAUGUGGAGUUGUUAUUCUUGCUUCCGAAGACGUUAAGUCAGAUCCCCUUUCGAGACCUCUGCCCAAGCCACAAUUGUUUCUCUUGAAUCGUCCCCCUUCAAAGUGUCACACAAUAUUGUGCCUAUCAGCCAGUGCAGCUUACCAAUAACCUCUACUGAGGCCUCAAAGGCUCUUCAUAUUUCUGGUUUUAUCAAAACUGCUUAAAGGUCUAGGGGGCUAAACACCUCUACCGUGUCACUUGGUUUGUAAUCCUAUCUAGCAAGAUGCAAAGAAUUAUACUGUCUUCAGUCCUUAUUGCAUUUUGAAACUAAGCACUCAGGAUACAACAAAACCUCUUGCUUUGUAAUGGACUGUCUGGACCACAAUCUACUGUCUAAUUGAGGAGGGCAGCUCCAGUGCAGAUUGGCACCCAAACGGGACCGGACCUCACCCUUCUUCUUUUCCUUCUCAUGGACAUGUUUUUCUAUUCCCUCCCAUCUGGGUGAAUUUCUGCUCAGUUCUCUGUCGAUUGGGACUUCCUCUCCCAGGAAAUAAUGUUGGAUUUAAUAGAUCUCAUGUUUGAGAUCGUACUGCUAACUUUGUUUGCAAAGUUUGAACGAAGAAAAAAUGGUUUAAAAUGUAUGAAUCUACUGCAAAUGAAACUAUUCAAGCAAAUAUCCUACUGGCCUGCUCCACUGCAAAUGAGUAGGUGUGAGAUGACACUUCAUGCUAAAUAUAGUGAGCAGUCAGUUUGAAGCCUUGUUAUGGUUUGGUGUGUGUAUAUUCAUGUAUCAUUCUGAUGGGACCCUUCUAUUGUGUCCCUUGUCUGAUGGUUUAUUUUGGGUUUGUGCCUCCAACCCAGAGUAUCUAUCUGAAUUGCUUUUACUAGGGCAUCUUCAAUCCAUAAUGGUAUUUGCAUUUAGGUGUUUUCAAGAAGUGAAGUAUGUAAAGCGUAGAAACUUCUAGAAUAAAUGUUGGCAAGGCCAUGGGCAUAAUAAUAACUUCAAACGGGGGGGAAUUCAUCUGUCAGCCAUCUCAAUGAGAUAAGUAACAUUUUGUAUUGAGUCCCAUUGUGUUAGAUGUCUCAUAGUAUCUCCUGACCUUCAAUCUAUGUCAUUUUUUUUAUAAGAUAAGAGUGUGAUACUAAAAUAUACUGCAUCUUUUCCUCAAGAUUGAGUUUAGGACUUGGUGGUGUAGAGUAGACCACAUUGCUUCUUAGCUAGCUACCAGCAAUGUACAGGGCCGCUAAAACUAGCUGCCACAUAGAGCAGUUGCUCUACGACAGGGUUUCCCCAACACGGUCCUGGGCCCCCCCUCCCCCUUGGUGCACAUCUUUUUUUUUUUCUUCCUAGCACUACACAGCUGAUUUAAAUAAUAGCCAAAUCAUCAUCAAGCUUUGAUUAUUUGAGUCAGCUGUGUAGUGCUAUGGCAAAAAAAUCAAUACGUGGCCCCCAGGGGUGCCCCCCAGGACCCUGUUUGGGAAACCCUGCUCUAGCAGUACAUUCCCACAGGGGCGCUCAACACACUAAUGGCCAUUCAUUCUCAGUCUCAGUCAAGGGUAAGUGAUUGGUUUACACUUUUGAGUUGACAGAAGAUGUGGGACCCAUUUUAGGCCUUGACUCAACGUUCCAGGCCAAGGCAUUAGCCCCAAGACUUUCACCGCCAAGUUUAUGCAAGACUUAUUUUCAUCUGUCUUAAUUUCUGUUUUCAUUAUAUUGUGUAUGUAAAAAAUAUAUAAUAAAAUAUACCAAUGGCUA